AUUUCUUCAUAUCCUUAAUCUUUUUUUUUUCGUUCAUGUUCUUUGAUUAUUGACCUUAUUUUCUCUCAUGGGAACUUUACUUUCAAGCCAUGGUUUCUCCUUGUUCCUUCUUUGGACCUUCACUUUAUACGGUCUCUGUUUAUCCUUCUCUCCGAUCGACAAUUACCUCAUCAACAGCGGUGCCUCCCUCGAUUCCGUCGUAGACAACCGUCGAUUCAUCUCCGACUCGUCGAAUUCACCCGAUUCCCAUCUCUCUUCUGGUCGGACCUUUUCGCUCUGUGCCGGAACUCUCCUUCCUGGUCUGCCUCAAAUCUACCACACCGCUAGGGUUUUUAAUUCGCCGUCGAAAUACGUCUUCAAUGUCAAAGAUCCAGGUACGCACAUGGUACGUCUCCAUUUCCAUCGAUUCAAUUCAUCGAGAUUGGAUCUGGGUAACUCUCGAUUUCACGUUUUGGUUAAUGGAUUAGUAGCUUUAACCAAUUUUAGCGGUGGGGAUUUUGUAAAUCCUAAAGUUAUAGAAUAUUUGCUUUGCGUUAAUUCAGAAAAGGUUGAAAUUCGUUUCGUUCCAGCUAAAAAAUCGAAUUUUGCUUUCGUUAAUGCAAUCGAAGUGAUAUCUGCACCAAAAGAUUUGGUACUAGAAACUGCACAGUAUGUUAAUGGUGAUAAAAUUGAGGAAUUUCAGGGUUUAAAUAAACAAGCAUUUGAAACUAUGUAUAGGGUAACUGUCGGAGGUCCUAAAGUUACUCCGUUCAAUGAUUCUUUGUGGAGAACUUGGAUCCCUGAUGAUGAGUAUUUGAAAUUGAGUGAGGGUUCCAAUAAGGUGUACUUCGGUGGUCGGAUUAAGUACCAAGAUGGUGGGGCGAGUCGUGAGGUUGGUCCUGAUAAUGUGUACGAUUCAGCUCGGUUGAUUCGAAGCAAGAAUGCUUCCAUCCCUAAUGUGAACCUCACUUGGGAAUUUCCAGUGAGUGAGGAUUAUAAGUAUCUUGUUAGGAUGCAUUUUUGUGAUAUUGCUAGUAUAUCCCUUGGAUUGUUGUAUUUCAAUGUUUAUGUCAAUGAACAUUUGGCAUAUAAAGAUUUGGAUCUCUCGGACGUUACGAAUUACAUGCUGGCUUCUCCAUUUUAUGCUGAUUUCGUGGUUGAUGCUGGUCGUUCCGGGGUCAUUACCGUAAGCGUUGGACCUUCUAGCAAGAGCAUGGGGUAUACGGUUGAUGCGAUUCUAAAUGGAGUGGAGAUCAUGAAGAUGAAUAACUCUGUUUAUAGUCUUGCCGGUAAGGUGCCUGCGGAGUUGAUUAUGAAGUGUUGGCCAAGAAGAACUCUUGGGAUUCUGCUUCCUUUGAUUGCUCUCGCCUGUUUGCUGUUGAGCUUAUCUGCCAUUGUGCAUAGGAGGAAGAGUAACGCUGAAUUGUUCCCAUGGUCGAAACUGCCUACGGAUAUCCAUGAAAUAUCUCCAAAGCAAGCCAAACUACAACUAUCAAACAUUGUUACAUAAACAUUGUAAAGAUCCAAAUCCACUGGCUUUAUAAUAUACUAUUACAAGUAGCUAGUGGGGGCAUACUGGGAACGUUUGAAGGUUUGUAGUUCCAAUCUGUUAAUGGUUUCUUCGUGUUUAAAUUCGAGGUUUUGUCCAGUAAUCUGUAUGUAAAAGCUGUAUUAGCAGAAUAUAAUGUUGUAUCCUAUACCUAUUCUACAUUGAUUAUGUCUGAGAUGGUGGAUUGGUGAUACUGGAAUUGUUGUUCUUAUUGCUGCACUGCUUGGAAAAGGCUUAAUCUGGUUAUAUAGUUCCAAUUUUCAUUUCA